CAAACUCAAAACGCAAACACACAAAAAAAAAAUCUGAAUGGAGCAAAAUUUGAAAGAUGACGUGGCAGUAAAAACCGUUACGACCGAGAAUUCCGCCGAGAAAACCGGGAAAGUUCGUUGCGGCACACGGCAUCCAGUUUACCACGGUGUCCGGAAAAGGCGGUGGGGAAAAUGGGUAUCGGAGAUACGAGAGCCACGGAAGAAGUCACGAAUAUGGUUAGGAUCUUUUCCGGCGCCGGAGAUGGCGGCGAAAGCUUACGACGUUGCGGCGUAUUGUUUGAAAGGUCGUAAAGCGCAGCUUAAUUUUCCUGAUGAGGUUCACCGUCUUCCGUUGCUUCCUCCGCCGUCUUCGUGUACUGCUAGGGAUAUUCAGACGGCGGCGGCUGAAGCUGCUAAUAUGAUGAUGGUUAAGGAUGUUGCGUCGCCGGAAAAUAGUAGCAUUGAUUCUGGUAGUGGUGGUAGUGAUGAUUUUUGGGGUGAGAUUGAGUUGCCGGAGCUUGUGAAUGGAACGUGGUGGAGUUACUCCGUUGAUGUUGCGGUGGUGUCGCCGGAGAUUGAAAUUCCGGCGCAGCAAUCCUUCACGGCAUGUCUCUAGUGUGGAUUUAGUUAUUGCUUAAUUAAGCUAUUUAUAAUAUAUAAGAAUAAUGAUAAAUCAUAACUAUUUGUAUUUUUAUUUUUCUGACAAAUAAUAGUUGUAAUUAGUAUAAUUAUUAAUAUUAGUAUUAAUUUAGCUACUAUUUUUACCAGUAAUAAUUCAUUAUUGUAGACUAAUUUUGUACUAGUUUAUAAUUGGAGAUAAAUCAAUGCAUUUGUUC